ACUUCUUCUGCGUCUUAACUUGGAUGAGAAGCGUGAGUCUGUAGAGGCUGAUUACGACAUUAACUACAACUCAUGGCUUAAACUCUGAAUGCUAGAGUCGGAGAAGGGAUAUCCCGAAGGAAAUCAUGCACGCUAGAUAUGGAGCUCUUUGGGAUGCUAUGGAAUUCUCUCGGGUUUGGCUUAUUCUCAGCAUCGAAACCCUGGUGUUGGUAUGUGGUCAGAAGGGCAAUGGGUGUGGGCACACAGUCCUCAAUCCCAGCAGUGGCACACUGACCUCGCUGAACUUCCCGGGAACCUACCCUAACCAUACCCAGUGUGAGUGGAGCCUAAGGGUACCGAAGGGCCAGACGCUGCUCUUGAACUUUGGGGACUUUGACUUGGAGAGGAGCCAAGACUGCAUAUCUGGCUCUCUUACCAUUACAGACACCAGUGGGGCCACUGUAGUGGGUCCUCUGUGUGGGCAGUUAUCCUCCACAGGCAGGAAUAUAUCUGUGAGUACUAAUGAAGUCACAGUGCGUUUCAUCUCCGGCACUCACCGUUCAGGAAGGGGCUUUGUCAUGUCCUAUUCAACCAAUCAGCACUCAGAGCUCAUUUCGUGUUUGGAUCGAGGCACACAUUUUUCCUCUCAGCAGAUUAGUGCAUUCUGUCCUGCAGGCUGCAAAGGUGUCACAGGAGAAAUUUGGGGCUGGCAUGGACAAGGAUACCGGGAUACCUCUGUUUUAUGCAAAGCUGCAAUCCAUGCCGGUGUUAUUUCAGACAGUUUGGGGGGCAUGAUCAAUGUGUCUCUGCAGAGGGGCAUUACCUUGUAUGAGUCAAACUUCUCUAAUGGAGUACUGUCCAAAACCGGUUCCUUGUCAGAUAAACGGCUUAUCUUCCACAGAGACUGUGACAGGGAGCUAACGGUGGUGGCCUAUAACACUUCUUCAGUGUGGGAGGAGGUGAACAGAUUUGGUCAGAGGGUCUUAUGGUCUCCAGGACACGGGGGAUCUCAGUGGGCUGCGAGCUCUGGGGAUCAGCAGCCAUGGAUGGAGAUUGAGCUGUGGAACAAGAGUAGUGUCACAGGCAUCGUGACAAAGGGUACGCCACAUUACUACAUUGAGUCUUACACCCUCAUGUUCAGCAAAGACCGCAAAAACUGGAAAGUCUACAAAGUGGCAUCGAGCAAAGAUAAGAAGGUGUUUGAGGCCCAUUCUGACGGUCAUGUGACGGUACUCAACAGUCUGAUUCCUCCAGUAGUAGCACGCUACCUCCUCCUGAAACCCCAGAAGUGGCAUAUAAGGGCUUCUGCACUGGUUCAAGUGCUGGGGUGCCCUUCUGCCCCCCGUUCCGGAGAUGCAGGAUUGAAUACUGGAAAGCCAGUUGUCACAGAGACUGUGCCUCUAGACACACUCUCCACUGAAGGUCCUGUCGUCACAAGAAGCUCAGGCCCCAGUCAAGCAAUGAUAUUAGUGGCAGGCAUGGUUUUGGGAGCCGCUCUGUGUGUGGGUUGCCUUUUAGCUGGCCUUAUUUGGUGGAGAAGAAAAAAAACUGCACAAAUUAAGAAAUGCUGUGUUGACCAAGGCUGUCAGGGUUUCCACGGGAAGAAGCUUCCGUGCACAAACCCCGAGCUUGUAUCUUACCCUCUGGUUCGGAACAUCCACGAUGCCCUUCCCAACCCUCCUCUCAAUGGUGCAGGGUUGAAGAUUUCUCCAUUGUUUCCAGACUAUGCGGAGCCUGAUGUAGUUGCAGGUGGGCAGAUGAUGGGACUCACAUUCCGACCCCCACUGGAAGAGGGCUACACCGUCCCCUACACCCUCAACCAUUAUGACACCCCUGGACAACUUCCCGAAUACGCCGAUCCCUUACCUGCCGAACCAGAAUAUGCAACACCCUUCAGUGAAAUGCCUACAGACUUAACACUGGUCAGCAGACAGAAUCAACCUGUGUGUCGAUCCGCACAGGUCACAAGAGCAGAGCUGAUCCAACAACAAUAUGACUGCCCUGCACACAGAGUGAUCUCAAACGGGUACUGUACUCCAGUCUCACCUAGCACUGGCCAACAUAAGGCUAGCAUGAUCUACUUUGAGCCCCAGACAGUUGAACCACUAUUGCAUACCUACCACGAGCCACUUUGAGCAACAUGGCUCCCCUACAGAAGCCAGUUUGUGCUGUUAAACUGCUGUUUACAACGUAACUUGUGUUAGAUAGCAUCAGCGAUCAGCAGGUGACAGGAAAUUAUUUUUUGAGUUGUUACAAAAAUGUAGGAUAUGGGAGAAGUGCUUUUAUAAGGAAAGCUGUAUUGUUCAGGUGACCAGUGAACCGGUGUAUUUGUAUUUAAUGCAAAUGUGGGUGUGUUUUAUAUCUGUAACUAAUCUGAAUAAACUCCAUGAGGAUGUGUGUCUGUGAGAUUUGCAACCACUAAAGUAUUCAAGAACCUUUACAAAAUGUUUGUAAGUAUACAAUAAAAUUGACAUUUUUAUACCAAA